AUGCGGGGCCCGCUGGGCACCGAGGAGGAGCUGCCGCGGCUGUUCGCGGACGAGAUGGAGAACGAGGACGAGAUGUCAGAAGAAGAAGAUGGUGGCCUUGAAGGCUUCGAUGACUUUUUCCCUGAGGAGCCCGUGAGCCUUCCCAAGAAGAAGAAGUCCAAGAAGCUCAAGGAGAACAGGUCCAAAGGGAAGAGGAAGAAGAAAGAGGGGAGCAACGAUGAGCUGUCGGAAAAUGAAGAGGAGCUGGAAGAGAAGUCGGACAGUGAGGGCAGUGACUACUCCCCAAAUAAAAAGAAGAAGAAGAAGCUCAAGGACAAGAAGGAGAAAAAAGCCAAGCGGAGAAAGAAAGAUGAGGACGAGGACGAGAACGAUGACGGGUGCCUCAAGGAGCCCAAGUCCUCGGGGCAGCUCAUGGCCGAGUGGGGCCUGGACGACGUGGAGUACGCGUUCUCAGAGGCCGACUAUCGCACGCUGACCAACUACAAGGCCUUCAGCCAGUUCCUCAGGCCCCUCAUCGCCAAGAAGAACCCGAAGAUCCCCAUGUCCAAAAUGAUGACCGUUCUGGGCGCCAAGUGGCGAGAGUUCAGCGCCAACAACCCCUUUAAGGGCAGCUCGGCGGCGGCGGCCGCAGCGGCAGUGGCCGCGGCCGUGGAGACGGUCACCAUCGCGCCUCCGCUGGCCAUCAGCCCCCAGCAGGCACCCCAGCCUGUGCCCGUCCGCAAGGCCAAGACCAAGGAGGGCAAGGGGCCUGGAGUGAGGAAGAAGAUCAAAGGCUCCAAGGAUGUGAAGAGAAAGGGCAAAGGGAGGAAGGUGGCCGGGCUCAAGUUCCGCUUCGGAGGGGUUGGCAGCAAGAGGAAGAAAGGCUCCUCGAGCGAGGAGGAGGAGCGGGAGGAGUCGGACUUCGACAGCGCCAGCAUCCACAGCUCCUCUGUGCGCUCCGAGUGUUCUGCCCUGCUGGGGAGGAAGAGCAAGAGGAGGCGCCAGAAGAAGAGAAUUGAUGAUGGUGAUGGCUAUGACACGGACCACCAGGACUACUGUGAGGUGUGCCAGCAGGGUGGGGAGAUCAUCCUGUGCGACACCUGCCCGAGGGCCUACCACCUCGUCUGCCUGGACCCAGAGCUGGAGAAAGCUCCCGAGGGCAAGUGGAGCUGUCCCCACUGUGUAAGCCCUUGGCAGACACGCCGGGGCGGGAUUUUGUCUGUGCCUGGCUUCUGGACUCCUGCGCGGUCUUCUGGGGCAGAACAUGGGGAAGUGCGAGUGGGAGGGGGGGAGUCGCUCCCUGGUGGAGGGGGGGUCCUGGUCCAGGGUGCCUCCACCUGGACUCCCCCCCUCCAGGAGAAGGAGGGGAUCCAGUGGGAGCCGAAGGACGACGACGACGACGACGAGGAGGGCGGCUGCGAGGAGGAGGAGGACGACCACAUGGAGUUCUGCCGCGUGUGCAAGGACGGCGGCGAGCUGCUCUGCUGCGACGCCUGCCCCUCCUCCUACCACCUGCACUGCCUCAACCCGCCGCUGCCCGAGAUCCCAAACGGUGAAUGGCUCUGCCCGCGCUGUACUUGUCCCCCGCUGAAGGGCAAAGUCCAGCGGAUCCUGCACUGGAGGUGGACAGAGCCCCCAGCCCCCUUCAUGGUGGGGCUGCCGGGGUCCGACGUAGAGCCUGGCGUUCCACCACCCAAGCCCCUAGAGGGCAUCCCGGAGAGAGAGUUCUUUGUCAAGUGGGCUGGGCUCUCCUACUGGCACUGCUCCUGGGUGAAGGAGCUGCAGCUGGAGCUCUACCACACGGUGAUGUAUCGCAACUACCAAAGAAAGAACGACAUGGACGAGCCACCGCCCUUUGACUACGGCUCUGGCGAUGAGGAUGGCAAGAGCGAGAAAAGAAAGAACAAGGACCCCCUCUACGCCAAGAUGGAGGAGCGCUUCUACCGCUACGGCAUCAAGCCCGAGUGGAUGAUGGUCCACCGCAUCCUGAACCACAGCUUCGACAAAAAGGGGGACGUGCAUUACCUGAUCAAGUGGAAAGACCUGCCCUACGACCAGUGCACCUGGGAGAUUGACGACAUUGACAUCCCCUACUACGACAACCUGAAGCAGGCCUACUGGGGCCACAGGGAAUUGAUGCUGGGGGAGGAUGCCAGGCUGCCCAAGAGGCUGGUCAAGAAGGGCAAGAAGCUGAAGGAUGACAAACAGGAGAAGCCCCCGGACACGCCCAUUGUGGAUCCCACGGUCAAGUUUGACAAGCAGCCGUGGUACAUCGACUCCACGGGCGGCACACUGCACCCGUACCAGCUGGAGGGUCUUAACUGGCUGCGCUUUUCCUGGGCCCAGGGCACCGACACCAUCCUGGCCGAUGAGAUGGGUCUGGGCAAGACGGUGCAGACCAUCGUCUUCCUCUACUCCCUGUACAAGGAGGGCCACUCCAAGGGGCCCUACCUGGUCAGUGCGCCCCUGUCCACCAUCAUCAACUGGGAACGUGAGUUUGAGAUGUGGGCGCCCGACUUCUACGUGGUCACCUACACGGGGGACAAGGAGAGCCGCUCUGUGAUCCGGGAGAACGAGUUUUCGUUUGAGGACAACGCCAUUCGGAGCGGGAAGAAGGUGUUCCGGAUGAAGAAAGAAGUGCAGAUCAAAUUCCACGUCCUGCUGACCUCCUACGAGCUCAUCACCAUCGACCAGGCCAUCCUGGGCUCCAUCGAGUGGGCCUGCCUCGUGGUGGAUGAGGCCCACCGGCUCAAGAACAACCAGUCCAAGUUCUUUAGGGUCUUGAAUAGCUACAAGAUCGAUUACAAGCUGCUGCUGACGGGGACCCCCCUUCAGAACAACCUGGAAGAGCUCUUCCACCUCCUCAAUUUCCUGACCCCAGAGAGGUUCAACAACCUGGAGGGCUUCCUGGAGGAGUUUGCCGACAUCUCCAAGGAAGACCAGAUCAAGAAGCUGCAUGACCUGCUGGGGCCGCACAUGCUAAGGCGGCUCAAGGCUGACGUGUUCAAGAACAUGCCGGCCAAGACCGAGCUGAUCGUCCGCGUGGAACUGAGCCAGAUGCAGAAGAAGUACUACAAGUUCAUCCUCACGCGGAACUUCGAGGCGCUGAACUCCAAGGGGGGCGGGAACCAGGUGUCACUGCUCAACAUCAUGAUGGACCUGAAGAAGUGUUGCAACCACCCUUACCUCUUCCCCGUGGCUGCCGUGGAGGCCCCUGUCCUGCCCAAUGGCUCCUAUGAUGGCAGCUCUCUGGUCAAGUCUUCAGGGAAGCUCAUGUUGCUGCAAAAGAUGCUCAAGAAACUGCGGGACGAAGGGCACCGUGUACUUAUCUUCUCCCAGAUGACCAAGAUGCUGGACCUCCUGGAGGACUUCCUGGAGUAUGAGGGCUACAAAUAUGAGCGGAUUGACGGUGGCAUCACCGGGGGCCUCCGGCAAGAGGCGAUUGACAGAUUCAACGCCCCUGGGGCCCAGCAGUUCUGCUUCCUCCUCUCGACCCGGGCAGGUGGCCUGGGCAUCAACCUGGCCACGGCUGACACGGUCAUCAUCUACGACUCAGACUGGAACCCGCACAAUGACAUCCAGGCCUUCAGCCGCGCCCACCGCAUCGGGCAGAACAAGAAGGUGAUGAUCUACCGCUUCGUGACGCGGGCCUCGGUGGAGGAGCGCAUCACGCAGGUGGCCAAGCGUAAGAUGAUGCUCACCCACCUGGUGGUGCGGCCCGGCCUGGGCUCCAAGUCCGGCUCCAUGACCAAGCAGGAGCUGGACGACAUCCUCAAGUUCGGCACGGAGGAGCUCUUCAAGGACGACGUGGAGGGCAUGAUGUCUCAGGGCCAGAGGCCCGCCACGCCCAUCCCUGAUGUCCAGUCCUCCAAAGGGGGAGCCCUGGCCGCCAGCGCGAAGAAAAAGCACGGCAGCACCCCGCCAGGUGACAACAAGGACGUGGAGGACAGCAGUGUGAUCCACUAUGAUGAUGCGGCCAUCUCCAAGCUGCUGGACCGCAACCAGGACGCCACGGACGACACAGAGCUGCAGAACAUGAAUGAAUACCUGAGCUCCUUCAAGGUGGCGCAGUACGUGGUGCGCGAGGAGGACGGCGUGGAGGAGGUGGAGCGGGAGAUCAUCAAGCAGGAGGAGAACGUGGACCCCGACUACUGGGAGAAGCUGCUCCGGCACCACUAUGAACAGCAGCAGGAGGACCUGGCCCGCAACCUGGGCAAAGGCAAGCGCAUCCGCAAGCAGGUCAACUACAACGACGCCUCCCAGGAGGACCAGGAGUGGCAAGACGAGCUCUCGGACAACCAGUCCGAAUAUUCCAUUGGAUCCGAGGACGAGGACGAGGACUUUGAAGAAAGGCCGGAAGGGCAGAGUGGACGGCGACAAUCCAGGAGGCAGCUGAAGAGCGACAGGGACAAGCCCCUGCCCCCGCUUCUCGCCCGGGUCGGCGGCAACAUUGAGGUGCUGGGCUUCAACGCCCGACAGCGGAAGGCCUUUCUGAACGCCAUCAUGCGCUGGGGCAUGCCCCCCCAGGACGCUUUCAACUCCCACUGGCUGGUGCGGGACCUUCGCGGGAAGACUGAGAAGGAGUUUAGAGCCUAUGUGUCCCUCUUCAUGCGGCACCUGUGUGAGCCGGGGGCCGACGGCGCCGAGACCUUCGCCGACGGCGUGCCCCGCGAGGGCCUCUCCAGGCAGCACGUGCUCACGCGCAUCGGGGUCAUGUCACUAGUUAGGAAGAAGGUUCAGGAGUUUGAGCAGGUCAAUGGGAAGUACAGCACCCCGGAUUUGAUCCCUGAGGGGCCCGAGGGCAAGAAGCCAGGCGAGGUCAUCUCCUCGGAUCCCACCACGCCAGUGCCCGCCAGCCCUGCCCACCUUCUGCCUGCCCCGCUGGGCCUGCCAGACAAAAUGGAAGGCCAGCUGGGCUACUUGGAAGAGAAGGAGCUGGGGGUGCAGAAGCCAAAGAAGCCCCCAGAAAUCCAGGCCCUGCCAACUGCCCUGGACAGAGCGGAGGGUGAGGGCAAGCACGAGAACUCGGAUGGCAAGGAGAGGGCCCGAGAGGAGCGACUGGAGGAGAUGGAGAAGGCCCAGCCCCCCCCAGAGCAGCUGCCGAAAGAAGAAGUGCUUGCUGAGAAGGAGAAGAUUCUGGACAAGUUGGAGCUGAGCUUGAUUCACAGCAGAAGCGAUGGCAGUGAUUUCAGGCCAGAUGACACCAAAGCCGAGGAGAAGGAGCCCAUUGAAACACAGCAAAAUGGUGACAAAGAGGAAGAGGAGGAGGGAAAGAGGGAGGACAAGAUCGGGAAGUUCAAGUUCAUGUUCAACAUCGCAGAUGGGGGCUUCACAGAGCUACACACACUGUGGCAGAAUGAGGAACGUGCUGCUGUGUCCUCGGGGAAAAUCUACGACAUCUGGCACCGGCGCCACGACUACUGGCUGCUGGCAGGCAUCGUGACGCACGGCUAUGCCCGUUGGCAGGACAUCCAGAACGACCCGAGAUACAUGAUCCUCAACGAGCCCUUCAAGUCUGAGAUCCACAAGGGCAACUACCUGGAGAUGAAGAACAAGUUCCUGGCUCGCAGGUUCAAGCUGCUGGAGCAGGCGCUGGUCAUCGAGGAGCAACUCCGGAGGGCCGCGUACCUCAACAUGACCCAGGACCCCAACCACCCCGCCAUGGCCCUCAACGCCCGCCUGGCCGAGGUGGAGUGCCUUGCCGAGAGCCACCAGCACCUGUCCAAGGAGUCCCUCGCCGGGAACAAGCCUGCCAACGCCGUCCUGCACAAGGUCCUGAACCAGCUGGAGGAGCUGCUGAGCGACAUGAAGGCGGAUGUGACGCGCCUGCCCUCCAUGCUGUCCCGCAUCCCCCCAGUGGCCGCCCGUCUCCAGAUGUCAGAGCGCAGCAUCCUGAGCCGCCUGACCAACCGAGCCGGGGACCCCACCAUCCAGCAGGGCGCUUUCGGCUCUUCCCAGAUGUACAGCAACAACUUUGGGCCCAACUUCCGGGGCCCUGGACCGGGAGGGAUUGUCAACUACAACCAGAUGCCCCUGGGGCCCUAUGUGACCGAUAUCUAGCCGUCCCCGAGAU